AUGGAUAUGGCUAUUAUGCCUUUAGCUGUAUUACUCUAUCUAAUGGCAUAUCUAGACAGAGGUUUGUUGGGACUCCCCACUAUUACUAAACUGAUACAUAUCGAAACUGUAUUAGAUGGCGAAGAAGACAAGUAUUCGUUACUUAGUUCAAUAUUCUACAUUUCAUAUCUUGUUAUGCAAGUUCCUCUGACCUUGCUUGCCAAAUUCAUGAAGCGGCCAGAUAUCAUGAUCGGUUUUGUAGCCAUAGUUUGGGGUAUUUCCAGCACACUUCAAGCUACAGAAUACAACUACGCGGGUGCUCUCGCUUGUAGAUUCUUUUUGGGUUUUUCUGAGGCAGGUUUCGGUCCAUUGAUGCCAUUCUACUUCAGUUUGUUUUAUGUCAAAAAUGAGAUGGGUUUUAGGACAACAGUUUUCAUUGCAGCAGCACCAAUUGCUGGUGCUUUCAGUGGUAUUAUAGCGUAUGGUAUAGAACAUAUUCAUUCAUACAUUGCCAGUUGGCGUAUACUCUUCUUGGUAGAAGGAUUACCAUCUAUAGUUUUGGGUAUUUUGGUCAUCCUUAUUCUCCCAUCUCGUAUAGAAAACACAAAAUGGUUUAAUGAAGAAGAGAGAGCUAAAGCUUUGGCUCGCAAAAACACUGAAAUGACCCAAGAAAAAAUCGGUUACGUGAACUGGCGACAUGUCCUUUCUGGCUUUACUGAUUUCAGAACAUACCUAAACUGCGCUAUAUAUAUGGCCAUCAAUAUUGCUUUGAGUUCCAUCAGCAAUUUCCUUCCGCAAAUUUUAACUGAUCUGGGCUACCACGGUGCUGAUGCUCAGUUGUAUUCAGUUCCACCAUACGUUUGCGCAGGUGGCUGGAUGAUUAUCCUUUCGAUUUUCUCCGAUAGAUACGAAAUGAGAGGACCGUUCAUUAGUGUAAACUUGCUUAUUUCAGGUGUAGGCUACGCAAUGUUACUCGGUUUGCCAACAGUUGGUGAAAACGCCUUAAAAGCCAGAUAUGGUGGUAUUUUCUUAGCUGUUAUGGGUACAUACACAGCCAUCCCAUUGACACUCUCUUGGAGCGCCGCAAAUGCAGGUAGUGAAUCCAAGAAGGCCGUAGCAAUUGCUAUGUUAAACACGAUAGGUCACACUUUGAGUGUCUUGGGUGGAUAUAUAUAUCCUGAUAGUGAAGGCCCGGCAUACACCAGGGGAUACGCAAUUUGUAUGGCUUUUGCAUUCUGGGGUUCAUUCUUGGCCGCAACGCACACUUUCAUUUUGUGGCAAAUCAACAAGAAGAGGGACAAGAAAGAGGGUGUUGUUGAACACACACCAGAUACUUUCGCAGAUGCAGACAAGGCAGUCGGAUUUAGGUAUAUGCUUUAA